AGCGUCUUGCCAGAUUCACCUGAUAUGAAUUUGAGAGAUGAACCAUCUGGUGGCCACAGUAGUCGCAGGGGGGGGCACUUUCAGGAGCUGCACACCACCUAGUCCCACUUCCAGGGCAUGGAAGACCGAAGAGGAUCCUGAUGUGGCGCCACCAAAACUGAAGUUUGUUCCCAGGCGGACACCAGGAAUCCAAGCUCCUCUAAAAACUGGGACACACACUCCUCUCGACAUUUUCUCCAGGUUUUUUGAUGCAGAGGUGUGGAGGUUACUAUGCUCCAACACUAACAAAAGUGCAGCUCGACACCAGGAGAGAGGGAGGAAAUAUCACUGGACUGAUGUAACCCCUGAGGAGCUGAAGAAAUUCAUCGGUCUUCUGCUCUACAUGGGAGUGAUGAACCUCCCUAAAAUGACAGACUUCUGGAGAAAACAGACCAUCUUUGAAGUGCCCUUCCCUGCUACUGUCAUGACACGGGACAGGUUCAAGAGCAUUUUGUCCUUUUUCCACAUCAGUGACCCUGAAGAAGAUGGCCAAAAUGACUUAGCCAGGGGAACUGAGAAGUAUGACGUCCUUCACCGUGUCCAGCCACUUCUUGACAUGCUGCGGACCCGCUGCAUGGCUGUUUACCAUCCUCGACAGCACAUUUCGGUGGACGAACGGAUGGUAGCCACCAAAGCAAGGCUGUCCUUCAAGCAGUACAUGAGGGACAAACCUACAAAAUGGGGCCUGACAUUUUUUGUACUGGCAGACAAAAAUGGCUACACCGUUGACUACCAGCUGUACACCGGAAAAAAAUCCCAAAGCUCAGUGAAUGGACUUUCAUUUGAUGUCGUUUCCUCCCUUGUCAACAAGGACUACUUGGGAAGUGGGUAUAUUGUCUAUUGUGACAAUUUUUACACCAGCCCACUACUAUUCCGACACCUGGGUCAGCAAGGGUUUGGAGCCUGUGGAACUUACAGGCAGGGGAGGAUCGGGGUUCCCACAACAACAGAGAACGCCCUGACAAAGAGAUCUCCACGAGGGUCCAUUCGCUGGUUGAGGGACGGAGACCUUUUAUUUGUGAAGUGGAUGGACACAAGGGAGGUGUCCAUGUGUACAAAUGUCCACUCGGUGUACGCUGGAGAGACGGUGCUGCGGUGGAGGAAGAAGGCAGAUGGCACAUAUGAACGGGUGCCUAUCCCCAGGCCCACAGCGGUGGGCGAGUACAACCGCUACAUGGGAGGAGUGGACACAUCUGACCAGCUGCUGGGCACUAACACGGUCCACAGAAAAACACGGAGGUGGUACAUCACCGUUUUCCAACACAUGUUGGACAUUGCUGUUACCAACAGCUUUAUUAUUUACAAAGAGAUGUCGACCAUCCGUGGCGAGAGACCCCCCACAAGGCAGGACUUUCAGGAGCUGCUGACAUCACAACUGUUAGGAGUUCCCCUAAAAACAAAGCCCAAAGUGCCCACCUCCAACCACCUCCCUGUCCCCACCAGUUCUGGACAAUCAAAAAGGCAAAAGGCCAGUAUGGGACGGCGUCAGUGUGUGCUCUGCAGACGCUGCACUCCCUGGCAGUGUGAGGUGUGUAAGGUGGGGCUUUGCUUGCAGGUGGACAGGAACUGUUUCAGGAUGUACCACACUCUGCCUGAAUCAGAACAGUAA